AUGGCAAAGAUCAAGGAGCCCAAGACUAGCAGCAAGUCUAAGACUGAGGUCAAACCACUCUCAGCUGUUAAGAAUGCUUCCGUCACUAAACCUUCUCAGACCCCAGUCGCAAAGUCCAAGAAGAUUGCGAAGGACACCGCCACGAAGGUGAAUGGCAAGAAGGCCAAGACCGUCGUCAAGAGCCCUUCGCCUUCAUCCGACAGCGAGUCCGCCUCCGACGCCUCGAGCGAGUCUGACUCCGAGUCUGAAGAAGUCGCAAAGCCCGUCGCCAAUGGCAAGAAGGCUAACGGCAAAGUCGCACCAAAAGAGGUAGAUACCUCAGACUCCUCCGAUUCUUCUGAUUCUUCGGAUGACGACUCUGAUGCCUCUGAUUCUGACUCUGACUCUGAAAAGCCCGCUGCCGCUUCCGACAGCGAGGACUCUUCAUCUGAGAGCGAGAGCGAGGAGGAAUCCGCCCCUGUUGCUGUUGCCAAGAAGGGCGCUGAGGCCACCAAGAAGGCCGUCAAUGGUGCUGCGAAGGCUGUUGCCAAGGCUACAGGCUCUGAUGACGAGGAAGGCUCCGAUGAUUCUGAGGAUUCCGACUCUAGCAACGACGACGAGGCAGCUUCCGCCUCUGGUUCCGACUCUGAUUCCAGCGAAUCCGAGAGCGAGGCCGCACCAUCCAAGAAGCGCAAGGCUGAUGAUGAGGCCGUUGCACCAGCCAAGAAGGCCAAGACCGAAGAGGUUGAGGACACUGGCAGCAAGAACCUUUUCGUCGGUAACUUGAGCUGGAACAUUGAUGAUGAGUGGCUCUACCGCGAGUUCGAGGAGUUCGGAGAGAUCACCCGCGCCAAUGUCCUCACCGACAGAGAGAGUGGCCGAUCCAAGGGUUUCGGAUACGUUGAGUUCACCACCUCCGCCUCUGCAUCUGCUGCUCUUGCGGCCAAGAAGGGUGCUCUGAUUGAUGGCCGUGAGGCCAACGUUGACUUCUCAACUCCCCGCAACAAUGAUGGCCCAAGAGACAAGGCCGACAACCGUGCCAAGCAGUUCGGCGACUCCCAGAACCCCCCAUCUGACACCCUGUUCGUCGGUAACCUCUCAUUUGACGCCGACCAAGACGCCGUUGGAGAGGCCUUUGGAGAGCAUGGAACCGUCGUUAAUGUUAGACUUCCAACUGACAUGGAGAGCGGUAACCCCAAGGGCUUCGGAUAUGUUACAUUCGGCUCUAUCGAUGAAGCAAAGGCUGCCUUUGAAGCUAUGAAGGGCCAAGAGAUUGCUGGCAGACCAGUUAGACUUGACUAUGCCACACCCAAGCCAGAUCGUGGUGCCGGUGGUGGUGGUCGUGGCGGUGGACGUGGUGGCGGCCGUGGUGGCUUCGGUGACCGUGGUGGACGUGGAGGUGGUCGUGGUGGUGGCCGUGGUGGCUUCGGUGAUCGUGGUGGACGUGGAGGUGCCCGUGGCGGCCGUGGUGGAAGCACCAACCGUGGGGGCUUUGGAGACUUCAAGGGAAAGAAGCAAACCUUUGCUUAG